AUGGAGAACCAUGAAAGCAAUGGCAAGACCAAGCAAGCCACCAAACUCAAAAGGAAAGAGCUCGGACUCUCUUGCAUGCUCAACACCGAAGUCGGCACCGUCCUUGCCGUCAUCCGCCGCCCCAGUGACUCCAACUCUCACGUCUUCGGCGCCGCCCCGGAAGACAACGUCGACCCUUCUCUUCUCCAAUCCCUCAAGUCACUUCGAGCCUUGAUCUUCAACCCUCAACAAGAAUGGCGCACAAUAGACCCUACCAUCUACAUCUCUCCCUUCCUCGACGUCAUCCAGAGCGACUUCGUCCACGCCGCCGCCACCAGAGUCGCCCUCUCUGCCACCUUGAAGAUUCUCAAGCUCGGAGUCUUCGACGAGAAGACCCCUGGAGCCAAGGACGCCAUCAACACCGUUGUCAAUGCCAUCACCACGUGUAGGCUUGAGAAGACUGAUCCGGUGUCGGAGGACGCCGUGAUGAUGCACAUUCUGCAGCUCCUCACCGGAGUUAUGAACCACAGGGCGGCAGUGUUGUUGUCUGACCAAGCUGUGUGCACCAUUGUCAACACUUGUUUCCAAGUCGUGCAACAAUCCACGUCACGAGGGGACUUGCUUCAACGUACUGCUAAGUACACCAUGCAUGAUUUGAUCCACAUUAUCUUUUCACGGUUGCCGGAAGUUGACAUCCACGAUGAGGGGUCGGAGACUGAUACUGAAGACGUCGACGACGGUGGUUUGGAUUUCGGGUAUGGAAUGAGGUGUGCGGUUGAUAUAUUUCAUUUAUUGUGUUCUUUGCUCAAUGUGGUUGAAGUGGUCGAGACAGAUGGGUCUACGGUUCAAACUGCUGAUGAAGAUGUGCAGCUUUUUGCUUUGGUUUUGAUCAACACCGCGAUCGAGUUGAGUGGAGAUGGGAUUGGGACACAUUCGAAGCUUUUGAGGAUGAUGAAAGAUGAUCUGUUUCACCAUUUGGUGCACUAUGGGACUUGUUCAAGCCCGGUUGUGUUUUCCAUGAUUUGCAGUACGGUUUUGAAUAUGUAUCAUUUUCUUCGCAGGCACAUUCGUCUCCAGUUAGAAUCGUUCUUCACAUUUGAGAUUUUUAGAGUUGCAUCAGCUCCAGGAGCAACAACCCAACUACAAGAAGUUGCACUGGAAGGAAUUAUAAACUUCUGCAGGCAGGCAACAUUCGUAGUCGAAGUUUAUGUGAACUAUGACUGUGAUCCCCUAUGCUAUAAUGUGUUCGAGGAGAUUGGGAAGUUGCUUUGCAGGCAGUGUUUUCCGGUGGGUGCCCCUUUGUCAAGUUUACAGAUACAAGCCUUUGAAGGGUUAGUAAUCAUGAUCCACAACAUUGCUGAUAGUAUUGAUAAAGAAAAUGAUACAAGCCCUUCAGGGCCAUAUCCUGUUGAAGUUACUGAGUAUACUCCAUUUUGGGAAGAUCAGGUUAAAGAGUAUUUGGAAACUUGGGUGGAAUUUGUAAGACUCAGGAAAGCACAGAAGAAGAAAAUAAUGAUUGCUGGACACCAUUAUAAUCGAGAUGAAAAGAAGGGAAUGGAGUACUUAAGACUUACCAAAUUAGUCUCUGAUCCUCCGGAUCCGAAGUCUGUGGCUUACUUCUUCCGGUACACUCCUGGUCUAGACAAGAUGUUGAUAGGGGAUUAUCUUGGUGAUCCUGAUGAGUUUCACAUUCAAGUUCUAAGAGAAUAUACAGAAACGUUUGGAUUUGCAGGCAUGAAUCUUGACAGUGGUCUCCGGACUUAUCUUGAGACUUUCAGGUUACCUGGAGAGUCCCAGAAGAUUGAGCGGAUUCUUGAGGUAUUUUCAAAGAAUUUUUAUGAACAACAACCUACAGAUAUUUUUGCAAACAAGGAUACGGUGAUGAUUCUUUGCUACUCUCUCAUUAUGCUCAAUACUGAUCAACACAAUCCACAAGUGAAGAAGAAAAUGACAGAAGACGAGUUCAUCAGGAACAAUAGAGCAAUCAAUGGAGGAAAGGAUCUUCCUAGAGAUUAUCUAUCUGACCUUUUCCAUUCCAUCUCAAAUACUGCAAUUGCCGUGUUUGGACAGUCUGGUCUUCAGCUAGAAAUGAACCCAAACAGAUGGAUAGAGUUGAUGAACCGAACAAUAACUGUGCAACCUUUCUUUGUAUGUGAAUUUGAUCGCCGUCUAGGCAGAGAUAUGUUUGCUUGCAUUGCUGGUCCAUCAGUGGCUGCUCUUUCUGCAGUGUUUGAGCAUGCUGAAGAAGAAGAAUUGCUCCAUGAAUGCAUUGAAGGUUUGUUCUCGGUGGCGAGGAUAGCUCAGUAUGGACUAGAAGACACUCUUGAUCAAAUUCUCGCCACAUUCUCCAAAUUCACUACAUUGUUGAAUCCAUAUGCCUCUGCAGAAGAAACCCUCUUUGCUUUUAGCAAAGAUUUGAAGCCAAGAAUGGCUACACUUGCUGUUUUCACCAUUGCAAACAAUUUUGGAGAGUCAAUUAGAGGGGGCUGGAGGAACAUUGUUGACUGCUUGUUAAAACUUAAGAGGCUAAAGCUGCUUCCACAGUCUGCCAUUGAAUUUGAUGCUGCUGCUUCCACCUCAUCAGAAAACUUAACAUCUGAAUCCGGUGUAAUCUUCCCAGCUCAAGAUGCCAAGUUUGGAGGCCGCCAGCCAUCUGGCAUGAUUAAUCGGUUCUCACAUUUUAUGUCACUAGAGAGUGCAGAAGAUGCUGUAUCCCUUGGCAUUAGUGAAUUUGAACAAAAUCUCAAGGUUAUCAAACAAUGCCGAAUUGGGAACAUCUUCAGCAAUAGUUCAAAAUUUCCUGAGGAUGCUUUGCUCAAUCUCGGGCGGUCUUUGAUAUAUGCAGCUGCUGGGAAAGGACAGAAGUUUAGUACAGCAGUUGAAGAAGAAGAAACUGUUGGUUUCUGCUGGGAUGUAAUAGUUGCAAUCACUUCGGCCAACAGUCAGAGGUUCCAUACAUUUUGGCCUAGUUUUCAUGAUUAUCUGAUUGUGGUUGCUCAGUUUCCCAUGUUCUCCCCUAUUCCAUUCGCUGAAAAGGCCAUUGCAGGCCUCUUCAAAAUAUGUUUCAAGAUCCUUGGGACAUUCCAACCUGAAAAAAUCCCGGAGGAGCUCAUUUUCAAGUCGAUAAAUCUAAUGUGGAAGCUGGAGAAAGAGAUUUUAGACAGUUGCUGUGACUUCAUAACUCAAUCACUAAACAAGAUUCUGACUGAGUACCCUGCCAAUCUGCAAACCCAACUUGGUUGGAAGUCAGUUCUCCACUUGUUACAAGUCUCUGGGAGACACACUGAAACCUAUGAACUAGGAGUUGAGACACUUGUCCGAUUCAUGUCUGAUGGAACUCAUGUUUCGCGGAUAAAUUACGCUUACUGCAUUGAUUGUGCCUUUAGUUUUAUUGCACUUAAGAACAGUCCAUUGGAGAAGAACAUAAAGAUACUGGACCUGUUAGCAGAGUCUGUAAACUUGUUGGUCGAAUGGUAUAGAAACUACUACUCAGAUCCUGCGAACAGCUACAGCGCCCACAGCAACUCCUCUUUAGACGAGGCAAGAGGUAUAGGCUCUUCUUGCAGCUUUGCCAUGAAUUUGUUUGUCAAACUAGGUGAAGUACUUAGAAAGUCCAGCUUAGCUCGGCGAGAAGAGAUGAGAAACCAUGCAGUUCUAUCUCUUAAAAAGAGUUUCAGAAUUGCUGAGGCAUUGGACUUCACUCCAGUCAAUUGCAUAAACUGUUUCAACCUUGUUGUUUUCGCAAUGGUUGAUGAUCUGCAUGAAAAGAUGUUGGAGUACUCGCGUAGGGAACAUGCAGAGAGGGAGAUGAGAAGCAUGGAAGCGACAUUAAAGAUCGCACUGAAGCUCUUGACAGAAGUGUACUUGCAAUUCUUGAUACAGAUAUCACAGAGCCCGGGGUUUCGAACAUUUUGGUUAGGAGUGUUGAGAAGAAUGGACACUUGUAUGAAGGCUGACUUAGGUGGAUAUGGUGAAUCAACAGUACUGCAAGAACUAGUCCCAGAUUUAUUGAGACAGAUGAUUACAAUGAUGAAGGAAAGAGAGAUUCUAGUGCAAAAGGAAGAUGAUGACCUUUGGGAGAUAACACAUAUUCAGAUACAGUGGAUAGCUCCUGCAAUCAAGGAUGAGCUUUUUCCAGAAGAAAACUUAUGA